GCAAUUGGAGUAAGUAAUCACGGUCGAACAGUCACUAUGCUGCGUUCGUGCGUUGCCAUCGCAGUGUUGGUCGUUCUGACCGGCUCGGCGGAAGCAGCCAAGGAUUGGUACAAGAACAGUCUGGUAUAUCAGAUCUAUCCGAGAAGCUUCCAGGAUAGCAAUGGCGACGGCAUCGGCGAUUUGAACGGUAUCACGAGCAGGUUGGAGCACAUCCAGGACAUCGGCGCCGACGCGCUAUGGAUGUCACCGAUCUUCUCUAGCCCGCAGGUAGAUUACGGCUACGACGUCUCCAAUUAUACCAAUAUCCACAAGGAGUACGGCACCCUCGAAGAUUUUGAUGCGCUCGUGGCAAAGGCAAAGUCCCUCGGGCUGAAAGUAAUCCUUGAUUUCGUGCCGAACGUUUUCGGGGGUCCCGCUUGGACGAAGAACGAGAAACGCGGGCAGUAUUAUAUGCAUCAGUUCGCCGCCGGACAGCCGGAAUUCAACUACCACAACGCCGAAUUGCGAGAAGAAAUGAAGAAUGUGUUGACUUUCUGGAUGAAGCGGGGCGUGGAGGGAUUCCGCAUUGACACUAUCAAUCACAUGUACGAGGAUUCCCGAUUCUUGGACGAGCCGCGAAGUAAUAAAGACGUACCGCCUGAUGACUACGAUUACUUGGACCACAUUUAUACGAAAAAUCUUCCGGAGACUUACGACGUUCUCGCGACUUGGAGGGAGUUGAUGGACAGUCACUCGCCGACCGCUGACACGAAAAUGUUCCUGACUGAGGUCUAUGCGGACUUAGAUCUCACCAUGAAGUACUAUCUGUCGGGCUCGACGGUGCCGUUCAACUUCAUGUUCAUAGUCGAUCUGAACGACAAGUCCAGCGCAUCCGAUUUCAAGUACCAUAUCGAUCGUUGGAUGAAAAAUAUGCCUAACAGUACGGAAUACGUUGCGAACUGGGUGGUGGGCAAUCACGACAAUCAUCGCGCGGCUACUAGAUUCGGCGAGAAACGGGCCGAUCAGCUUAACAUGCUAGCGACCAUUUUGCCCGGCGUAAGCGUGUUUUACAAUGGUGACGAGAUCGGUAUGGUCGACAGAUAUUUCACGUAUGAAGAAACCAAGGAUACUGCCGGUUGCAAUGCUGGACCCGACAGAUAUCAGUUGAAAUCGCGAGAUCCGGAAAGAACGCCUUAUCAAUGGGACGCUACCACCAGUGCCGGCUUCUCCACCAACGAACAAACCUGGCUUCCAGUGAACGGAAAUUAUAAGGAUUUAAAUUUAGCGGCGCAAAAAGAUGAGCAGGUCUCUCAUUAUAACGUGUUCAAGGCGUUGACGAAACUAAAGAAGACGCCUGUCAUCGCGCAGGGAUCCCUACAGACUGCGUUGUACUGUUACGAGUGUUCUGUCACCGAAAAUGUUCUAGGAGUGGUACGACGACACGAAAGAUCCAUCGUGCUCCUCCUGGUGAACUUCGAUGACACGGAUGGCGUCGUCGACGUUAGUACCUGGUUGAACAUUUCGGAGAAAUUGAUUGUCUAUGCAGCCAGCGUGGAUUCCAAACUGCUUCCAGGGUCAUAUCAAAAUAUGGCUCCUGUCGUUCUGCCCGGCUCGGCCUCCAUUGUGUACACCACCGAAGAUUUGUAUAACUAAAUUUUGGUUUAUUUCAUGCUAACAAAUAAUUCUUAAGUAACUUUUCGAAUAUACAUCCAUGUAUAAACGUAAACACAUCUUUUCUGCGGGCAGACUUUAUGUAAAGUUGAAAAUAAACAUUCGAAGAAAACGUAGCUUGUAACAAGAAACGAUUAGAAAUAAAUUAUUAUCGUGUUAUUAAUUGCAAUAAAAGUUUCCGAUAGCAUUUGAAUUCAAUUAGUGCUAUGUAUCUACAAAAUGCGCAUUCUUGUGAUAAAAUAAAUUUUAUUUUAGCUGGAA